GUGUAUACUGAGUGCUCAGAGCAGGAGGUUUUGGCAGAGAGCAUUCGGUGCCAGAAGCAUCAUUUGAAAAGGUUCGUUGCAGAUCAAGCAUUCUGAAGUGAUGGAGCCUGGCAUGAGAAUUCAUCUUCCCGUGUCUGUGGCCGAGGCCGAGAUAAAGAAGCGGUAUGAGACCAUUCCAACUGCGACAUUGCAUCCGAAUAGGGAUGAGAUUGAGUACCUGAAAAGGCUUGUCAUCUACAAGGACUCGGCCAUACUUGUGCUUAACAAGCCCCCAAAAGUGCCCAUGAAGGGGAAUUUGCCAGUACACAACAGUAUGGAUGUACUUGCAGCAGCAGCACUGUCAUUUGGGAAUGAAGAGGGUCCGAAAUUGGUUCAUCGACUGGACAGAGAUUCUAGUGGUUUACUGUUGAUGGGGAGAACAAGAGAAAGCUUUACCCGGUUGCACUGGCUCUUCACUAGCAUCAAAUUAGCAAAAACAGCUUCACAGACAUGGAAUACAGCCUGUGAAUCGUACUUGCAGAGGUACUGGGCAUUGGUCAUUGGGACCCCUACAGAGAGUGAAGGAGUUAUAUCUGCCCCUCUCACAAAGGUACUUCUUGAUGAUGGAAAAGCCGAGAGGGUCAUUCUGGCGCAUCCCUCUGGCAUUGAUGGUGCACAAGAGGCUGUAACUGAGUAUCGGGUGAUGGGACCAACCAUCAAUGGCUGUUCCUGGAUUGAGUUGCGCCCAUUGACAGGGCGGAAGCAUCAGCUCCGAGUGCAUUGUGCGGAAGCCUUAGGCACUCCCAUUGUUGGAGAUUACAAAUAUGGGUGGUUCGUGCACCAAAGGUGGAAGCAGAAUCCUCAACCGGACUUUGAGCCAUUCACCGGGGAGCCAUACAAACUGAGGCGGCCUGAAGGCCUGGAGGUUCAGAAGGGCAGUGUUCUCUCUAAAGUCCCUUUGCUGCACCUGCAUUGCCGGGAGAUGGUGGUCCCGAACAUCGCGAAGUUCCUGAGUAACACCGGAGAGUGGCACGAUAAUGGCACCCCAUGGUCCAAGGAGAAGCCCAAUCUCCUAAGGUUCAUCGCGCCAAUGCCUGCACACAUGAAAAUUAGCUGGAAUAUAAUGUCUUCCUACCUGGUGUAAUAGUUUAUCUUUGGUUUAUUGGAUUUAUUUUGAUAUGUCACAACUCUUAGGUUGAAUAUUAGUAUUUGACGGACCUUUAAGAUCGCUGACAUGCGGGGUCCAUGUCCACAUGUUAGCGACACGUGGAGUGGCAUAUUCUUUGGAAUUAUUUAGGGGAGUUACAUGUAAAAUAGUGUUAUUUAGGUUUUCUUUGGGAUUGUGAGAUUGUAGAUUUGUAGCAGCUGGCAUUUUAGAAUCAGUGAACAAUUGAUGCCAGUACUGUAAUUUUUUAGGGAGAUUAUAACUCAAAUUUGGCACAAUCAUCUUA